AUGCCGAAACGAAAGCGCUCCUCCAACGAUCAAGAUGAUUCAAUAUCCUCUCAUAACCGCGUGCGCAAUUCCCGUCAAAAUGAUUUCAAUAUCCAUCUCAUCUCUGCUCGAAAACAGCUUCGCAGCGCGCUUAAAACUGCAAAAGGAUUUGAGAGGCAAAGGCUGGGAAAGAGAUUGACGAAUGCUACGAAAGCUGCGGAUGCGGUGCAAAUGUCGAGGAUACGGAAAGAGAUUGAAGCUUUGAAAAUGGUGGAUUUGGAUAAAGUGGUUGAACAGCGAUUGGCGAGGGGAUUGGGCAAAAUAAAGGUUAUGGCUGAAAGUGGUUUUUUCCCUGCAGGAUGGGGUGAAAGUGGAGAGGGUGUCAAGGGGUGGGAAGGAGAGAAGGGAGAAGAGGAUAUUAAGGUGUGGAAUAAUGUUGUGAGUGGGAUGUGGAAUUUUAAGAUUGUGAAGAGUGUCUGGGAGGGAGUAAUUAGGGGAAGUUAUAUGAGUAUGGGUAUUCUGGCGCCUGUUAUGGAGAAGGGAAAGAAAGGGAAGGAUAAGGUGAAGGAGAAAGCGAAGGGGGAUUAUGCGAAGAAGAGCUCGAAAAAGAUGGAAUCCCAGAGUGAGGGUGAUGACAGUGAUGUUGAUAUGGAAAAUACGAUACAAAAGCCGUCGAAGAAACAGAACAAGGAGGAAUCAUGGGAAGGUUUUGAUUCACCAGGCGAUGAUGAAGACGAGGAAGAUUCCGAGGAUGAUGAGGAAAACGAAGGAAAUGAUUCAUUUGAUGAAGAAACUCUUUCACGAUACGAUGCUCUGUUAGGUGCGUCCUCGGACGAAGAAUCAUUUGACGAGGAAGAAUACCUGAAGAAAAAUCCCUCGACGUCAAAGUCAAAUACACGAUUGUCACUCUCUCUUUCACCCACACCAUCCCGAUCGCCCUCACCUGCACCUUCAAUCUCUCUAUCCGACAACUCGGCAGACAACAAAUCAUCAAUUUCCCGUCGCAAACCCUCACCAUCCCUAUCACCCGAACCAGAAACCCAAUCCAAAGCCAAAAAACCCAAGAAAUCAACCACCAUCACCACGCCCGACCCAACAAAAAACAGUACUUUCCUCCCCACCCUAAUGGGAGGCUACUGGUCCGGCUCCGAAUCCUCCGCCUCCUCCCUCUCAGACACCGACAUGAAACCAACCGUCCGCAAAAACCGCAUGGGCCAAAAAGCCCGACAAGCACUUUGGGAAAAAAAAUUCGGCAAAGGAGCCAAACACAUCGCCGCCGGCGGCCUAUCCAUCGAACAAGAGCGAGAAAUGAAACGAGCCGAGAAGAUGGGCAAGAAAGUUAAACUGAGAGAUGUGAAUAAAGGACGCAAAGGCGAUUUUAGAAAUGAUAAAACGAAUGCUAAUAUGCUGGAGGUGAAACCCCGAGAGAGGAUUAAGACGAGAGAUGAUGUCGGCGUUUUACACCCUAGUUGGGAGGCGGCGAAGAAGGCGAAGGAUGAGAAGGCUAAGGCGACGUUUAGUGGGAAGAAGGUUGUUUUUGAUUAG